AUGGAAACAGAAGCUAUUGAUGGCUAUAUAACAUGUGACAAUGAGCUUUCACCUGAAAGGGAGCACUCCAGUGUGGCAAUUGACCUUACCUCAAGCACACCCAAUGGACAGCAUGUCUCACCAAGUCACAUGACAAGCACAAAUUCAGUAAAACUAGAAAUGCAGAGUGAUGAAGAGUGUGACAGGAAACCCCUGAGCCAUGAGGACGAGAUCAGGGGCCAUGAUGAGGGGAGCAGCCUAGAAGAACCUCUAAUUGAGAGCAGCGAGGUGGCUGACAACAGGAAAGUCCAGGAGCUUCAAGGCGAGGGAGGAAUCCGGCUUCCGAAUGGUAAACUGAAAUGUGACGUCUGUGGCAUGGUUUGCAUUGGGCCCAAUGUGCUAAUGGUACAUAAAAGGAGUCACACUGGUGAGCGGCCUUUCCACUGUAAUCAGUGUGGAGCUUCUUUUACUCAGAAGGGCAACCUUCUGAGACACAUAAAGUUACACUCUGGAGAGAAGCCGUUCAAAUGUCCUUUCUGUAGCUAUGCCUGUAGAAGAAGGGACGCCCUCACAGGACACCUCAGGACCCAUUCUGUGGGUAAACCUCAUAAGUGCAACUACUGUGGACGAAGCUACAAACAGCGCAGUUCAUUGGAGGAGCACAAAGAACGCUGCCACAACUAUCUCCAGAAUGUCAGCAUGGAGGCUGCAGGGCAGAUCAUGAGUCAUCAUGUACCUCCUAUGGAAGAUUGUAAGGAACAAGAGCCUAUUAUGGACAACAAUAUUUCUCUGGUGCCUUUUGAGAGACCUGCUGUCAUAGAGAAGCUCACGGGGAAUAUGGGAAAACGUAAAAGCUCCACUCCACAAAAGUUUGUGGGUGAAAAGCUCAUGCGAUUCAGCUACCCAGACAUUCAUUUUGAUAUGAACUUAACAUAUGAGAAGGAGGCUGAGCUGAUGCAGUCUCAUAUGAUGGACCAGGCCAUCAACAACGCAAUCACCUACCUUGGAGCUGAGGCCCUUCAUCCUCUGAUGCAGCACCCGCCAAGCACAAUUGCCGAGGUGGCCCCAGUUAUAAGCUCAGCUUAUUCUCAGGUCUAUCAUCCAAGUAGGAUAGAAAGACCCAUUAGCAGGGAAACCUCUGAUAGUCAUGAAAACAACAUGGAUGGCCCUAUCUCUCUCAUCAGACCAAAGAGUCGACUCCAGGAAAGAGAGGCCUCUCCCAGCAAUAGCUGUCUAGAUUCUACUGACUCAGAAAGCAGCCAUGAUGACCACCAAUCCUACCAGGGAAACCCUGCCUUAAAUCCCAAGAGAAAGCAAAGCCCAGCUUUCAUGAAGGAGGAUGUCAAGGCUUUGGAUACCACCAAGACUCCUAAGGGCUCUUUGAAGGACAUCUACAAGGUCUUCAAUGGAGAAGGAGAACAGAUUAGGGCCUUCAAGUGUGAGCACUGCCGAGUCCUUUUCCUAGACCAUGUCAUGUACACCAUUCACAUGGGUUGCCAUGGCUACCGGGACCCACUGGAAUGCAACAUCUGUGGCUACAGAAGCCAGGACCGUUACGAGUUUUCAUCACAUAUUGUUCGAGGGGAGCACACAUUCCAUUAG